UUAAAAUAGAAACACGGGAUUUCGAGGAUUUCUUUUUCUGAUAUUUUAUUUUCUGUUUAAAAAUAUUAUUUAAUGUAAUAAGUGAGUUAGACAUACUUAUUUUGAUGGUAUCAAAAUGAUAGUUAUUUUUGAAGAUGAGUGUUAACAAAGAAUACCACCACUUGAUACCAUCUCUGGAAGUAUACCCUAGAGUUUAUUUCUUCAGCAAAAGAUAUCAUGAUAUAAGGGAAAAGUACAAGAAAUUCGCAGAUAAAAACCGAAAGACACUUUCUAUAAAUCAUAUCGAAGCACCACUGAAUUGUACAGAAAAUGGCCUAAUAAUUAAGGUCGUCGGAAAAGAGGACCUUGAUCCAGCCAAAUUCGUAGCAACUGAUCCUCACUUGUUCAAAGUGCUGUCAACUUCAACUGCUGGUAACAGAACAGAUAUCAAACAUGACACAAUUGCUCCAGUUAAUCCACACAAAGACUGUGUCCGGACAUUUAGUGCUUCCGGACAGAAAGUCACCAAGUUAUCAGAUGACACUGCUGGCUCUACUUCUACAGAAGGCCAAAACGAAGCACUCAAAAAUAACCCUACAACUAUUAUAGUUAUAUGCAAUGCCGUUGUCGAAAGUCUAAAUGACAAAGGUCUGGAGGAUAUCAAGCUUCUGUGGAAAGGAUUUGGAAACAUGAAAGAACUACAUGGAUAUUUCUUCUUGUGUCGCUCAAGCCAAGCAUUCACGCCAAACGAUGAAAAUGUGUUUAGAAGUAGGCUGGAUGAAGUUUUCGUAGACUGCUUGAAACCUACUCACAUCAUUAUCAGAGGAAAAUCUGAUGAUAGAAUUGGUGACGAGAUAUCGUUGUACCUUGAAGAAAUGAUAGUUCAGAACCUCGUGACUGUUGAAUCCGAACUACAGAAGUACACAACAGUCAAGAAACGAUGCAACACACACAAACCCCUUUUAGAAGAUGAUUUGAUCCGAACUGCAGUAAAAUGUUUUCUCGAAGGGAUUCCAAUGUAUGGCAAGGAAGCAAACGAAGAUGAAGACAGUAUUGAGGUCAAGAUGAGUGAAUUAACUCUUGAUAAAUGGCUACGUAAAAAUGAUAAAAGAAUGACAGAAAAACUUGCCUUAAUUGUCAAAUGUUGUGUUGUUAUAACUUUGUCUGGAAGACACAAUAUCAUACCCCAACUAUGUAACGAAAUUCUGAUCAGACAAAACUUCGAACAGAGGUGUAUCUCAGAAAGUUUAAUGUACUACGUGAACAGACUGUGGUAUUGUGCCGAAGAAUCUUCGUACAAAUCUCUUCAGUCAGGUGCAUAUCAUCAUGUCCUCUCUUUGAUAAAAGCUGAUCUCGACCUCGUAACAGAUAUUGAACGUGACGUGCGUCAGUUUGCGUCCACGUUGAGGAAACUUCUGUUUGAGAUAAGCGGUUGUUUUAAGAAGACCAAGGUAGAUAUUGAAAAGAUAAAAGAACAAGCACCUGUAGUUAGUACAAAGGUUGGUGAUAGUCUUCGGAAGGAAAUACUCAGUAUAAAAGAAGUGUAUGGUGUUGGUACAAUAUAUGGUCAGUUGGAAAUCCAC